GCUGAGCCCGUGACUCACCACCACCCCCAUGCUCGUGAUGGGGAGGAGACACUGACACUCUCACGUGCAGCCCCCAGCACAUGUGACCACAUGCCUCGCACACACAGUUGGCAUGUGGCAACUCAGAGUGUAGCAGGUCUGGCUUGGUGAGCUCUGACUUUGUGGGACAUGCCCAACAACAUGUGACAUAAUACAUCUGACCCUGUAGGACCCCGAUCUUGUCCACGCCUCUCUAUCCUUCUAGGGUUCACGUCUACAGUCUCCUUAACACCCACACUGUGUUCUAGCUAAGCCUGAGGCCAGUACUUCAUGCCUGCCUCUGUGUCUUUGCUGAUCCAGGGAUGGCAUCAUCCACCCUCUCUAAACAUAAUCUGUCCCAAGAGGCCCAGUUCAGUGCUACCACUGCACAGUGUCUGACCCAAACAGGUCUCCUCUGCAGAGAAAGGACCUAGGAAGCCCAAAUUGAGCUGGGAUGCCCGAACGGUUCUACAGAGAGGAGCCCGAGAAGCUAAGCUGGGACCUCAAGAGGGAAAAGGAGGCCUCAGGAGGAACAAAACACUACCUGCAAGCCCAGAGCCUGCCGAAGCUCACUUGGGCCCCUACACAGGGAUCCUUGGACUGUAAUCCCCCGGCCUCCAGGGCUUUGCGUGUCUCUACAUCCCACCCUGCCCGUAUCCCCUACGCCGACGCUUGUCGGGCGCCCCCAAGAUGGCGCCUCCAGCUUCGUCCCGCCUCCCGACGUCAUCGCGCCCUCUCCGUUCAGCGCCUCCCGUUUCGAGCUAUCAAAGGCGGAAUCCGAGAAGAGGUGGAAGAGGAAGAACCUCCAGGGAGGCUCAAAGAGGCGGGCACUAUCCACCCGGAGGCCGACCAGCGAGGGAACCUUGCUAAAGGAUUGGCUGGGCGCUGCGCGAUCCCGCCCCUCCGCACUAUUGGUCGGGGCUUCAGAAACCUGAGCACCGAUUGGUCUAAUGACAGGGGCGGACAGCCGACGAUUGGGCGGAUUGGGCGGUCUCCGCAGCGGCCCAGGCGGAAGGUGGGAGGGGCGUUGUUGAGGGCGGCCUGGGGUGAAAGCGAGGCUGCGGAGCAGGCGAGACGACGGGCGCUAGAGAGGACGCGGCGCUAGAGUGGCGGUGCAAAGGGACCUGCAGCCCGGAGCCCGGCCCGGGGCCGGCGAGACGGCCGAGGCGGCCCAGGGCCUUGCUGCUGCCAUGACUGAGGAGAGUGAAGAGACGGUCCUGUAUAUUGAGCACCGCUAUGUCUGCUCUGAGUGCAACCAGCUCUAUGGCUCCUUGGAGGAGGUGCUUGUGCACCAGAACUCCCACGUACCCCAGCAGCACUUUGAGCUGGUGGGCGUGGCUGACCCUGGAGUCACAGUGGCCACGGAGGCAGCUUCUGGCGCAGGUCUAUAUCAGACCCUCAUCCAGGAGAGCCAGUACCAGUGUCUCGAGUGUGGGCAACUGCUCUUGUCCCCCAGCCAGCUCCUGGAGCACCAGGAGCUACACCUGAAGAUGAUGGCACCGCAGGAGGCAGUGCCAGCCGAGCCACCACCCAAGGUGCCUCCCUUGGGCUCCAGCGCCAUCCACUACGAGUGUGUGGACUGUAAGGCUCUGUUCGCCAGCCAAGAGAUGUGGCUGAGCCAUCGCCAGACGCAUCUCAGAGCUGUGCCCAACAAGGCUCCUGCCCCUGUCGUCUUGGGGUCCCCAGUUGUCUUGGGCCCUCCUGUGGGCCAGGCUCGAGUGGCUGUGGAACAUUCAUACCGAAAAGCAGAAGAGGGUGGGGAGGGGGCGGCCGUUCCAUCCCUGGCUGCCACCACCGAGAUGGUGACAGAAGUGGAGCUGCUCCUCUACAAGUGCUCCGAGUGCUCCCAGCUCUUCCAGAUGCCCGCUGACUUUCUGGAGCACCAGGCCACCCACUUCCCUGCUCCUGUCCCAGAGGCUACGGAGCCUGCCACACAGCAGGAAACCCUGGUCCCCUCCCCCACUGAAGCAGCAGUGUCUCAGCCUGACCCCCUGCCAGCCUCUGAUCACAGUUAUGAGCUGCGGAAUGAGCUGCGAAAUGGGGAGGCCAUUGGGCGAGACCGCCGGGGCCGGAAACCGAGGAGGAACAACAGUGGAGAGUCAGGUGGGGCGGCCACCCAGGAACUAUUUUGCUCUGCCUGUGACCAGCUCUUUCUCUCACCCCACCAGUUACAGCAGCACCUUCGGAGUCACCGGGAGGGUGUUUUUAAGUGUCCCCUGUGCAGUCGUGUCUUCCCCAGCCCUUCUAGUCUGGACCAGCACCUUGGUGACCACAGCAGUGAGUCUCACUUCCUGUGUGUAGACUGUGGCCUCGCCUUUGGCACCGAAGCCCUCCUCCUGGCCCACCGGCGAGCCCAUACCCCAAACCCUCUGCAUUCGUGUCCCUGUGGAAAGACCUUUGUUAACCUCACCAAGUUCCUUUAUCACCGGCGCACCCACGGAGCAGGAGGUGUCCCUUUGCCCACAACACCAGUUCCACCAGAGGAGCCCGCUGUUAGCUUUCCUGAGCCAGCCCCUGCAGAGACCGGAGAGCUCGAGGCCCCAGAGCUCCCUGGAUGUGAGGAGAGUUCAGCUGAGCCUGCGGCUCCAGGCACUUACCGCUGCCUCCUGUGUAGCCGGGAGUUCGGUAAGGCGUUACAGCUGACCCGGCACCAGCGUUUUGUGCACCGGCUGGAGCGGCGCCAUAAGUGCAGCAUUUGUGGCAAGAUGUUCAAGAAGAAGUCUCAUGUGCGGAACCAUCUGCGCACACACACCGGGGAGCGGCCCUUCCCCUGCCCUGACUGCUCUAAGCCUUUCAACUCACCAGCCAACCUGGCCCGCCACCGGCUCACACACACGGGGGAGCGGCCCUAUCGUUGUGGGGACUGUGGCAAGGCCUUCACGCAGAGCUCCACUCUGAGGCAGCAUCGCCUGGUGCAUGCCCAGCAUUUCCCCUACCGCUGCCAAGAGUGCGGAGUCCGUUUUCACCGCCCUUAUCGCCUGCUCAUGCACCGCUACCACCACACAGGCGAGUACCCCUACAAGUGCCGUGAGUGCCCCCGCUCCUUCUUGCUGCGCCGGCUGCUAGAGGUCCACCAGCUCGUGAUCCAUGCUGGGCGCCAGCCAUACCGCUGCUCCUCCUGUGGGGCCGCCUUCCCCUCGUCACUGCGGCUCCGUGAGCAUCGCUGCGCAGCCGCAGCUGCCCAGGCCCCACGGCGCUUUGAGUGUGGGACCUGUGGCAAGAAAGUAGGCUCUGCUGCUCGCCUGCAGGCACAUGAAGCCGCCCAUGCUGCUGCAGGUCCUGGGGAGGUCUUAGCCAAGGAGCCACCGGCUCCCCGGGCCUCGAGGGCCACUCGCACACCAGUUGCUCCCUCCCCAACAGCCCUCGGUGGUACAACCUCUGCUGCCCCUGCAACCCCUGCCCGGCGUCGGGGUCUAGAGUGCAGUGAGUGCAAGAAGCUCUUCAGCACAGAGACGUCACUGCAAGUCCAUCGGCGCAUCCACACAGGUGAGAGGCCGUACCCCUGUCCAGACUGUGGCAAGGCCUUCCGCCAGAGUACCCAUCUGAAAGACCACAGGCGCCUACACACAGGUGAAAGGCCCUUUGCGUGUGAAGUGUGUGGCAAGGCCUUUGCCAUCUCCAUGCGCCUGGCAGAACAUCGCCGCAUCCACACAGGUGAGCGGCCCUACUCCUGCCCUGACUGCGGCAAGAGCUACCGCUCCUUCUCCAACCUCUGGAAGCACCGCAAGACUCACCAGCAGCAACAUCAGGCGGCCGUCCGGCAGCAGCUGGCGGAGGCCGAGGCCGCUGUGGGCCUGGCUGUGAUGGAAACUGCAGUGGAGGCUCUGCCCCUUGUGGAGGCCAUUGAGAUCUACCCGCUAGCUGAGGCUGACGCGGUCCAGAUCAGUGGCUAACUGGCCCCACUGGUGCCGAAGGCCCUCCAACAGCCCCUUUAACCCGUGUACAUAGUACCCCUCUCCUCUCCACCACCUUAUGAGUUCUAUAACUAAUUUUAACUAAUUUUUUUUUUUUUUUUUUUUGGAGGGGGUUGCUCUGGAGUCCUUGAUAUGUAAAGGGCACUUCUUCCCACUUUCCACCUGUUUGGUGGUCUCCAAAUGAAGCAGUCAAUAAAGACUGAGUUGGACAUUUA